AUGGGGCCCCGCACAUGGGACCCCCGCCCCUGCUGGGUGUCCUGGAUCCUGGGACUCAGCAGCCUCCUCCUCAGCACCAGCAGCACCGGGGCCCAGAGUUCCAGGGUGAAAGUCCCUGGAGCCGACCUGCCCCUGCAGGGGGUCCGAGGAGGAGCUGUCUUGUUUCACAUGAGCCACGUCCAGGCAACUGAGCUGUUGGAGAUGCAGUGGGGCGUUGGAGCUGAUACAAACUUCACCGUCAUGCUGCGCGUCCAGCAUGGGCCGUCUCUGACCUGGUUCAGCCUCCAGGACAAGUAUGGGCAGAGGGUCCGCGUGCCCAACACGACGUCCCUGCGGAUCGAGAACCUGACCCCUGAGGACAGCGGGCGGUACUGGGCUCGACCUCAGUUAAAAGAUGGCACAGGAAUUAGCCAAGGUUUCCAGCUCACUGUCCAUGAGCCUGUGCCCCCUCCCCAGAUCCGGAUCAAGUCAGUGUCCAUCACAGCAAACUGGUGUAACGUCACCCUGGAGUGCGGAACUACGGGGCACAGCAAGAACCUGAGUGUGACCUGGGAGAGCGAGGGCCUCCCCAGUGACCUAGGGGGAUGGCCCCAACCAGGGCCAGCCCCCAACUCCUGGCCCCUGGCUGUGAGCCUGUCCCUGAGCCAGCCCAAUGCCAGCCUCACCUGUGUGCUCAGCAACCCGGGGGACCAGAAAUCAGCCACCAAAGCCCUUGGGGAAGUGUGUACUCCCACACUCACACCUGAGCCUGUCCCCCAAACCCAGAUUCAGAUCCAUUCAUCAUCCCACACAUCAGGCUGGUGCAAUGUCAGCAUGGAGUGUGAGGUCCCCGGGGACAAAGAGCACCUGGCAGUGGCCUGGGAGCUCCCCAGGGAGCUGGAGCAGAGUGAGCCACUGGGACUGGUAUCCAACUCCUGGAAUAUAAGCCUGCCCCUGCCCCUGCCCCUGCCCCAGACCAACACCAGCCUCAACUGUGUGGUCAGCAACCCCGUGGACAGGAAGAUUGCGACCUUCCACCUGCCCAGCAUCUGCUCGCCAGAGGGCCUGUGCUACCUGUGGGUGAAGACCUGA